CAGAGGGAGCUGGUGGCAACAAUGGCGUCAUCCUUAUCUGCAGCUCUGAAUCUCUCCACGGUCCGACAUUGUGCUUUCCAACCACCACGCUCCUUCCGUUUGCCCUCGUUUCGAAAUUCCUGUUACAAUCCUUCUCGAAGGCUCACUCUCUUUCACCUCGGAACCGCUCUCCCACAAUCCCAUUUAUUUGGUGCAAAAGUAUCUGAAGUGUUUAAAUCAGAGGGACAAGCAAUAGAGGCUACUGCUGCAGGAAAACUAGCCCAAUCGAAUAAUUCUGUUACUCAACAGAAUUUGAUAGACUGGGUCAAAAAUGACACGCGGAGACUGCUUCAUGUUGUAUAUCGUGUAGGGGACUUGGAGAAGACUAUAAAAUUCUAUACUGAGUGCCUGGGUAUGAAGCUAUUGAGAAAACGCGACAUCCCAGAAGAGAGAUAUUCUAAUGCUUUUCUUGGAUACGGUCCUGAAGAUUCCCACUUCGUAGUUGAACUUACUUACAAUUAUGGAGUUGAUAAGUACGACAUUGGAACUGGUUUUGGUCAUUUUGGUAUCGCAGUUGAAGAUGUUGCCAAGACAGUAGAUCUAAUCAAGGCUAAGGGGGGGAAGGUUACCAGGGAACCAGGACCUGUCGAAGGUGGCAGUACAGCCAUAGCAUUUGUUGAAGAUCCGGAUGGCUAUAAGUUUGAGCUUCUUGAGAGAGCACCAAGUCCUGAACCAUUAUGCCAAGUAAUGCUUCGAGUAGGCGACCUUGAUCGUGCCAUAGCCUUCUAUGAAAAGGCUUUUGGCAUGCAACUUCUCCGCAAAAGAGACAAUCCUGAGUACAAGUAUACAAUAGCUAUGAUGGGAUAUGGCCCUGAAGAUAAGAAUGCAGUUCUAGAACUGACAUAUAACUAUGGGGUCACCAAUUAUGACAAAGGAAAUGGUUAUGCACAGAUUGCAAUAGGCACAAACGAUGUUUAUAAGACUGCAGAAGCAAUAAAACUUUAUGGGGGGAAGAUUAUCCGUGAACCUGGGCCUUUGCCAGGUAUCAACACCAAGAUAGUAGCUUGCUUGGAUCCUGAUGGUUGGAAAUCGGUGUUUGUUGAUAAUGUUGAUUUUCUGAAGGAAUUAGAGUGACAAGCAUAAUAUAAGAUUCAACACCUCUUCACUGAAGGCAGGGGACUCUGGCAAUUUUGUCCGUUUAAUCAAUCUUGCAACUCUCCAUCUUGAGAAGCUACUGCCAAUUAGAACGUACAUAGCCUAUCUGCCAGUCAUUCCCUCCGUCUAUUGUUGUAGCAGUGUAAGUUUCUUUGUCGAGCCCGCUGGUGAUUAUUCGAGAGGUUGAAGACAUUUACUUGAUGACUUAUUUAGAGGAGAACAAGGGGAAAGAAUGUUGAAAGUCAUACUCACAACAACCCCAACUUUAUGUAAUGCCACCAUUUUCUUCUUAUGGAAGUCAAAAGGUCCCACCAAUUUUGCUAGCAA